GCUGCCAAGCUGUCUCUCCACCCACCCUGAAGCGCGUGCUGCGGCUUCCAUCGGGGAAGCCGCUGCAGAUGUGUGACGAGUCGGACUCUUCGGAUUUGGAACUCGCUCAGCGGGAUGAGACGCAGCAGCAGCUUUGCCUACAGGAUGAAAACGCUGCCGCGAAGCGCUUGCAGAUGGUAGAGGCGAUGUCGAACUUUGCUGGGAGCACUGCCGCUGUUACAUUGUCGAACGCGCAAGUUGACUCCAGUUUCGCCGCAGUCCCGCCCGCCAACGCUGG